CCUUCUUUGACCAUAGACCAGUCUAUGCUGGCUGUAUAUCAGGAUGGGGGUCAGAAGAUAUUGGUUUUACUGGGAAUACCAUAUUAUUCUCCUGUCUAUUUUGUCAUUGCACUGGAAGGGCAGGAAGUGUGAGGAACAGACAGAGGCUCGAACAGGGUUUAAAAUUGAGGCACCAGCAGAGGUGACAGUGCAGAGGGGACUCUGUGUGCUCAUCCCCUGUAACUUUACUGUUGGUCCUGGUUAUAACUUAACCAAAGAUGCCAUUGGAAUCUGGUAUAAAGGAUAUAAUGGACAUCCAAAUGGCCCAGUUGCAGCUUCUACUGACUCCUCUCAGUUCCCUGAUAGAACAAACGGGCGCUUUAUAUUCACUGGGAAAGUGAGUGCAGGAGACUGUUCCUUCUCUAUCAGUGAUGCACAACCAGGAGACACUGACCAGAACCACUUCAGACUUGAGGAUAGAGAUCCUUUAAAAUGUAACUAUCUUCAUAUCCAGCCAAAUGUAUCUGUGACAGACCUGAAAGAACCUGAUAUAUCUCCCACCAAUGAUCUGAUCGCUGGUGAAGAAGUGACUGUGACUUGCACGGCUCCUACACACUGUCCUGGGCUCUCUCCUACCUUCACAUGGGAAGGAAGUGUAAAUACAGAAAAUACACAGAAUAAUACAUUGAGGCACCAAGAUGGGACUGUCACCUACUGGUCAACUAUCACUUUCACUCCAUCACUGAGUGACCAUGAUUCCUCCUUAACCUGCACUGUGACUUAUAAACAUGAGUCUGCUAAGAAAAGCAUCACCUUGAAUGUUGAAUAUCCACCCAUUCUGAAUAUCACUGUUCCAGGGGGAACAGAAGAGAUCAACAGUCUAAUUGUGAGAGAAGGCGACUCCCAGGAAAUCUACUGUAAAGUAAACAGUAACCCAAUGGCCAAAAUUAGCUGGACUAAAGGAAAUAGCCGUGUUGAGAAUAUCAAGCAGAAUGGACAGAAACUGACUCUUUCACUAAGGAAUGUAACAGAGAAUGACACUGAUACUUAUACAUGUACUGCACAGAACCAAAGGGGAAUCAACAACCGCUCUAUCAGUGUCUCUGUAGAAUAUGCACAAAAGUCAAAGAUACAUUUCUUCAUUGUCGGACUUUGUAUUUUAUUUUUCACUUUUGGGGUGAUAACAUUGGUGUUUGUAUUCAGAUGGAUGAGAAAGAAGCAGUUACAGGAGGACAGAACUACUAAAGAGUUGGAUAAAAGUGAUGGUGUUGUGAUUUACAAUAAUACAGAGACUAUACAAAGCAUCAGCGAUGAAUCCUACACCAACACAGAGGAAGCAAAACAGGUUAAGGAUGACUUGUAUAUAAUGAAUGAAAAAGAUGUGCAAAAUGCCUCCCUGAAUUUCUCAAAAAUUAAACCAAAGGAAGCACUUCAAUUGGAGAUCAUAUAUUCUGAGGUCAAACGCAAUUAACCCUGGAGAUAUACUGAAAAAAUACAUGGAUGACAACCAAUCAAAUUGUUGCGUUCAUUGUUCUACUUGUAGCUGGCUUUAAAA